AUGGAUCACGAAAAACCAGAGGUGGUCAUGCCACAAAUAUACGAGUACAGCGAGAAUACGCGGUCAACACUGAGUCCGGAUUUCGAAUUCGCCCUUGAGCCGCCUAUUGAACCUCCAAAUGUGGAGGAGCGUCGCGAGCGUCGAGGGGAGAAACAAUUGUUGACGGAAAACGACUACAGAACAAUCGGCAAUGGCCUGUUUCUCGGAUCUGGUACCUCCCUGGCGGUGGCCGGGCCCGGUGGAGCUGUCCUGUGCUACAUAAUCAUGGGAACUGUAAUCUCGUCUGUCAUAUCGUGCCUUGGCGAAAUGACGUCCCUGAUGCCAGUCAACGCACCUGUGAUGGAAUUCCCCAGAAGAUUCCUAGACCGAGGUGUUGGAUUUGCAGUUGGUUGGAUGUAUUGGUUCGCAUACGCCAUUCUCGCCGCAGAUGAACUUGUGGCGGUCUCGAACACGAUCAAAUUUAGGUACGAUGAUGGUAAAACGUUCUUGAAUUGGAAAAUCGGCGAGGACGUGGAUACUGGCGUGUGGAUAUCAGUGUUCCUAAUCCUAGCAAUAGCCAUCAACAUGUUUCCAGUCAAGGUCUUCGGAGAGCUCGAAUAUAUUUUCGGAUGCAUCAAGAUUACAUUUAUUUCGAUGCUCAUUGUGUUGAUGUUGAUUAUCGACGUAAUGAAGCAUUGGAACGACCCGUAUUCAUUCUUCAACCCCGUGUAUAGUGUCACGGAUGAAAACGGCAAUCUCCAACGAACGAUUGCGGGCACAGCAGGGAUUUUUCUUGGGGUGUGGACAACCAUUAUCCAUGUCAUAUUCUCAUAUGUAGGAAUGGAUAUCAUUGCCGCGACUGCCGCAGAAAGUAAAAAGCUAGCCGACGCGGAAAGUAUGAAGAUGGGAGCUCGAAAAAUUAGUCUGCGAAUCAUCACUCUAUACACGUUCGGCAUGUUGCUGGGGUCCUUUGUGGUUCCUAGAGACCAUCCAUUCCUCAACGGCGGCGGGCAAUCCGUGGGCUCACACUCAAUAUACAUCAUCGCAGCAGUGGAAGCCGGACUCCCCUCAGCAGCGCACUUCUUCAAUGCGAUUUUUGUGUUCUCGUCUUUCACCUGCGCGAUCAAUUCGACAUACGUUGCCUCACGAGUAUUGUAUACCUUGGCAUUGCAGGAUCAGACCGGACCCGAGUUUAUCACCAGGAGGUUGCGCCAAUGCAGAUCAGGUGUCCCCAUUAGAGCAGUGGGGGCAACUGGGUUAGUCUUGUUGGUUUCUUUCUUGGGCCGUACUGGAACUCCCGGGCAGAGAUUGAGUGAACUCGCAUCCAACUGCACAGUAUCAUGCCUCAUCCUGUACGUCGUUAUCUGCGCGACAUAUCUGAAGUUCUUCCAAACACUGGCAGACGUCAAGCUCUACGGCAACGCCUCUGAAGCCCAAGCUGCGAUGUACGAUCGCGACAACCCCCGCUACCCCUACAAGUCGCACGGGCAAUGGCUCAAAGCGUGCUACGGACUGGUAGCUUGCACACUACUCGUACUCUUCAAUGGCGUAGGUCCCUUCCUAGAGCAUCCUUUCGACACAAGAAGAUUCGUAGCUUCAUAUAUCGGCGUUCCCGCCUUCAUAUUCCUCAUCCUAGGCUAUAAGAUCCGCAAGCAUGGCUUCAGGGUUCAGGACUGGGGACCAGAGAGAUCAAAUGAUCUCCGCAAUACUAUCCAAACGAACUCAGAUGUCAGAGUUGGACGUCUCGAACUCCCUGAUGAUGGGUUCUUUACAAAAGAGAAUGCGAGGACGUUUGUGAAGUGGGUAUGGGUGUGGCUGAAGUGA